AUGGCUGCUCUGGAUGGCGUAGCUGAUAAGUCAGUCACAUCUGUGACUCCACCCAUUGUUCAGAGUGGACUUGCGCCUGUCACGAAAGGCGAAUUAUGGCACCCAAGAUUGGGCCAUCCUGGUAAACUGGUGUACGACAAGCUUGCCAAGGAAAUUGGCCUAGCCAAGUACGAACCUUCACCCUACUCCCUCUGCUCUACGUGUGUAACCGCAAAAGGACAACUCUCCAAAGGUGUUAUUUCUGACUUUAAAGCAACUGCACCAUUGCAGUUAGUUCAGGUUGAUCUAUGUGGUGGUUUCCGUUACGAGGAAUACGUCGACUCUAAAUGUUUUCUGACCAUCAGAGACAGCUACUCACGGUAUUAUUUUGUUAUUCCGUUGAAGAAUAAGGCUGCUGCGACUCAAGCCCUAAUUAACUGGAUUCACCAGCAGGAGAAUUACUUCUCCAUCCGAGGAGGGUAUAAGGUAGGCACAGUCCGUACCGAUAAUGGCGGAGAGUUCACAAGUAACGUCCUCCACGAUUUCUUUGGGUCCAAAGGCAUCACGCAUCAGUUAACUGUUACUCAUAAUAGUUCCCAGAACGGAGCUGUUGAACGUGUCCAUCGGACUUUACAGGAGAAAAUGCGCUCACUCCUUAUUGGAGGGCGUGUCCCACCUUACUUGUGGAGCGAAGCUUUACGGUGUGCUGCGUAUUUACUGAAUCGACUUCCCAUUUUGUCUCGCCAAGGGAGCGUCCCAUACGCACAAUACUACGGUGGUGCAGAUGGUCCACUAAGGUUUAAUAACCUCCGGACUUUCGGUUGUGCAGCAUUCGCCACACAUGGAUUUCCGAAUGAUACCUGUUGGUGA